GUUGCACUAAUCUUCACAUUUCAUGUGGGCAAACACCGGGAUGGAUAAAGAGACUGGAAAUUACAACACAUUGGAUUUACUACCAGUGGGAUCUGUUUUAAAGAGUUUUCUUUCUGUGACCAAUCCUGCAUUUUCCUAAGGACUGUCCUGUCUUUAGUCACGUGCGCUGUGCGGAUUUUUAGUAAAGCGCCCUUCUGAAAUAACCUCUUAAACUUGUUUUGGCAGAAGGUACAGAACAUGUCUGCGUUUUAAUAUUUACUCUGUACCGUGCAGUGAUCACCCAGGAGUUACAGUAAAUUAUUUUGUUCUUCCUUUUGAACAGAAGAGUAGUUCUACUGAUUCUCAUAUUUUGAAACAGAAGGCACUUUCCUAUACAGGACUUCUACACCUCAGCCAAGAAAGCCUCCCAAUUUCCAGAAGAGUUUAAUCUUUGAUGUCAAGGAAGACUUUAUAAACAACUCAAGGGAUAUAGAUGCUCACUUACUAGCUGUUCUUCCAAAAGUUUCAGAACUAAGAAAACUCUUUGAACCUAACCGGAAAUUAUUUUCAGAAAUGAAAAGAAAGGAAAGAAUUGCAAGACGCUUAGAAGGAAUUGAAAAUGAGGCCCCACCAAUGAUGUUACAGAAUCGUUUAUUAGAGGAAGAUACGCCAAGGUAUAUGCGUGCAACAGAUGCAUAUAAUCCCCUCAUAGGAAAUAAAAACAAAGAAGACAAAUCCGAUUCAUUGGGAUCAAAUUCUAGACUGAUUUGCCAGCUACAGCCAAAAGAAACGGCAUCUGAAACCCCUUAUAUUUCUGGACAAAUGGAGGGACACGAACAAGAGUCCAGAGCUGAAAGAAUGGCCAGGUAUAAGGCAGAGCGUAGACGCCAGUUAGCAGAGUUAUAUGGACAACCCUGUGACUCAGAGCUAGAUUCUGAAUAUCAGUCCAGGUAUUCACGAACAAGAAAAGGCAGAGAGGCGCUGGAAAGGAAUACUGGCUCAUUAGAAGAGGACAGCAAAGACAGCAGUUCAGAUUACUUGAACAGACCAGAAAGUAAGGAACAGCGCAGGAUUCAUCACUAUGAAUCUAAGAAUCACAACUUUAAUGAGAAUGUUUCUGACAGAGACGCACUGCAAAAUUUAGAAAACAAUAACAGACUUCGAGGAAUCACAGAGGUAGAUGGCUUCUCUUCAUUUUCUACAAUAGGGCAAGAAAUCGCUUUUGGUGAUACCCCACAGUCACCCAAGUUUCCUCGUUGUUCAACCCAGACAUCACCAAAGUGUUCAUCGCCAACCUCAUCUACAGAUCAGCAGAUGCAGAGUGAAAGUAGACAAGGCAAAGGGAAACCGAAACCAGAAUGGUCCCUUCAAACCGAUUCAGAUGGGGACACAUCCUCUCUUAUCAGCUGGCCAUCCAGAGUUAAAAUUAGAGAGAGGCUGGUGAAAGAGGAGAACUUUCAUGGGAGCCAAAAAUUUGACCUGCAGACCUCUGCACAAAAGAAACAUCAUCCUGCACCAGGCCACCAAAUGCCCUUCCAUUCAGAAACCUCUGCUUUUGAUAAAGUUUUUAAACAUCCUGCCCCUGUGCGACUACCUAAUCAUGGCUACGUUCAGCCUGCUGGUGUUGCUCAUACACCUAAGAUAGCUUCAGUGCAUGAACCUGAAAAUCAUGUUAAGGUGUCUGCCUUUACUACCUCUUUAAAAAAUCCUAGAGCUACUAGCGAGGUUCAUAGUGAAAAAUCACGAUAUGUGCUUCAAGGAUUGAACAACCUACACGACACCUACAAGAAUAGGGAUAAAAUCCAUGAUGCUUUUGAGGAGAAACCUACUGUUAUUUCCUUGUAUAACAGUAAAAAUAGGAAUGAUUCCAUACCAAUCCCAAAAGAGAAUAUAAUGCAGAUAUCGCAAGAAAAGACCUCUGAAGUAAUCGGAAAGAGUGAAACUGUUAUGCACCUGCAAAGUGGAUUGUCAACUAAUCCAUUAAAACCCCAAGGACAUGUGAAAGAAAUUUCUACAAUGAAACACAAAAUGCUUACCCGUUCAAUGUCUGAUUCUACUGGUACUCAGAAACUCGAAGCUUUUAAGAUUAAGGAUUUUGAUGCCCAGAAAGAGAUGGUGUUUUUAAGUACUGAAGAAAAUGACCCAGUUCAAAAUGGUGAAGUUAGUAUGGUCAAUACUAAAGUAUCUGUUGCCCAGCUUCGGAGUGCAUACUUGGAGACGGCAAGCACAAGCAACAAAAUGGAUGUUGAACCUAAGGCUGCAAUGCCAACAUCAGUUGUUGAUUUGUCUGCCAAUACUGAUCGGGAAAAAGGCCCUCGAAGGCCAAGACUCUAUUUACAACCUGGAGAAAGUAGAAAGACUUCUGAAAGAUUUAGAACUCAACCUGUUACUUCAGCUGAGAGGAAAGAAUCAGAUAGGUCUAUCUUAAGUCAAGAGGAGCAAACAACUGAAGAGGAAGCAAAGUUGGACGAAAGAGCUAAACUGAGUGUUGCUGCCAAGAGACUUCUUUUUAGGGAAAUGGAAAAAUCUCUUGAGGACAAAACAAAUAAGCCACGCUCCCGUAAUGCAGCGGUGGAGAGGAGAUUACGCCGUGCUCAGGAUAGGUCUCGAACACAACCGGUCACCUCUGAGGAAGUUGUGAUUGCUGCUACCGAGCCUAGCCAUGCUUCUUCGCAUACUGUGACCACACACACUGUAACACCAAGACUUCCUAGUCCCACUGUAACUAAGAGCUCUGUGCAUCGUAUCAGUUUACAGGCAUCUGCACACCAAAAAAACAUAGCUAAAGAAGAGCCAAAACCAUUCAGAGAAGCAAACGAUGAGCCGAAUGAUUCAGAAGAAGCAGACUCCUCCACACUCUCCUUGGCAGAAAAAAUGGCCCUGUUCAAUAAGCUGUCGCAGCCUCUCAAAAAAGAUGUUACAGCCAGGAGCAGUAUCAAGCAGAGGAGAAUGAAUGCGCGUUAUCAGACCCAACCUGUGACAUUUGUAGAGGUUGAACAGUUGAAGAAUAAUGGGGACAAGAUAGCACCACUAGCUCCGAGUGUUGUAUCUUCAGUAGCUACUCUAGCAUCUCGUCCAUCUCCAUUGUGUCUUGAGGAUGCACACAUUACAAAGUCCUCUAAUUAUGAGGAAAGAAUAUCAAAUGUCUCUAGCUUGUCAACCCUGCUGCAAUCCUCAGUGGAAACAGGAAAUACUCCAGAGCGAAACAAGUUAUUGUCAGAGCCCUGGAGCCCUCCUUGCGCAAAAGAUAACGAAUGGGAGAGAGAAUUCAGGAAGCCACUUUUGGAUGAUGCCAGGGUCUUAAUGCUAGAUGAUAGUGUGUUCAGAAAGUCAAGCUCAUUUCAGAAGGAAAUCAGCCAUCCUGUUCAUAGUGAGACAGAGGAGUCGCCGCCUGCAGAAGACAAGCGUGCACACGGGCAUGUUUUUUCAAGUAGGAACACUGAACUGUACAGCCCCCAAACACAAAGUCAGACUUCUGUGCGUGGAGGAGAAUGCAGAAUUCCUGACAGUGCCCUGCAGGUAGAAGGUGAGGAAUUGCAGUACACGACUAGCUUACAAUCCGAAAGAAGUAUGAGGAGAGCGACUGAGCUGUCUGCAGAGACUGUUGAGCCGGCCUCUGAACUUCUUGGCACCACAGCAGCAAAAACCCUUUCUCACACUUCGCCUGCAGGAUUCAGCCAACCACAGGAAUCUGACCAGAGUAAAGAGAGUUCCCCUGAGAGAGCAUCUGAGGCUGACACCGAGGAUCUUCUUGAUACCAGUGGCAAAGCUAUGUCGAUUAGAGACAGGCUGGCGUUGUUGAAGAAGAGUGGGGAGGAAGACUGGAAAAACAGACUUAACAAGAAGCAGGAGUACAGUAAAAUAUCUGUCACUGAACGCAACACACUCGCACAGCUGCAAGAAAUUGAGCAGUCGCUGAAAAAGAAGGAAGGAGGAGAUAUUAAAGAUGAUUAUUUCCAGUCUAAUCGGCUGUGGGAACCUGUCUAUGCUUCUGUCUAUUCUCCUGUUAUUCCUGCAGCCCAUAAAUGCCAGUAUUUUGUUCCCAUUACCCAGGUCAGUAAUUCUAGCAUGAGAGAAUCAAGCCCUGUGGUCUUUGAUCGGCAUCCUUGGAGAUGGAAGAGAGUAAAUGAUGGCAGUGGAGUCCAUAUGUCUAUUGAAGAAAGAAAGCAGCUUAUUACAAUUAGGGAGGAAUCCUGGAAAUCGAAAGGCUUAGGAGCGGCAAAUGACUCCACUCAGUUUACGGUUGCCGGACGUAUGGUUAAAAAAGGUUUGGCAUCACCUACAGCAGUAACACCAGUUGCAUCUCCUAUGUCCUUCAAAUCAAAGACCACCACACCAAUUUCAAAACCACUUGAAGAAAUUGAAGCCAAGCCAGAGAUGCAUUUGGAAUCCGAUAGGAAGUUGGAUAAACUUGAGUCGUUUUUGGGAAAACUUCACAACAGAGUUGGUGGGCUGCAUGAUACCACGUUGUCGGUCACUAGUAAAUCUGUGAAAGAGGUCAUGAAGCUUGAUGAUGAUGAAACCUUCUCACGUUUCUACCGUCCCUUGGAUUUACAAGCUGUCCAUGAGCCAUUCAGUUUUGGUGAAGAUUUUGAUGAGAUCUUUAGCUCAGAACAGCCAAAACUGAUUUCUGCUGUUGCUGAGCACAAGCGUGCAGUAAGGCCAGCACGGAAUGUCCAGGCCUCUGGAAACCCACUGAAAAUGCUCGCAGCUAGGGAUGACCUCCUGCAGGAGUACACCGAGACCAGGCUCAAUGUCGCUUUCAUGGAGUCAAAGCGAAUGAAAGUAGAGAAAAUGUCUAAAAACUCAAACUUCUCAGAAGUGGCGCUUGCAGGACUGGCAAGUAAAGAGAACUUCAGCAGCGUCAGUUUGCGAAGCGUAAACCUUACAGAACAGCACUCCAACAACAGUGCAGUGCCUUAUAAGAAGCUUAUGCUAAUACAGAUUAAAGGCCGCAGACAUGUUCAGUCAAGAUUGGUUGAGCCAAGAGCUUCAUCCUUAAACAGCGGGGACUGUUUCCUAUUGAUCUCUCCACAUUCCUGCUUCCUGUGGGUUGGAGAAUUUGCAAACGUCAUUGAAAAAGCCAAGGCUUCUGAAAUGGCAUCAAUUAUUCAGACAAAGAGGGAAAUUGGAUGUAGAGCGUCUUACAUACAAACAAUCGAGGAGGGAAUAAAUACUCACACACAUGGGUCUCGAGAAUUCUGGAAUCUCCUAAGUGGUCAGAUGGAAUAUCAAGGUGCUGGUAGCCCGGAGGAAGAUGAAAGAUAUGAAAAUGCAAUAAUUGAGACCAAUUGUGUUUACCGGUUGGUGGAUGACAAACUUUUGCCUGAUGACGAGUUUUGGGGCAAAGUACCCAAAUGUUCUUUGCUACAAUCUAAAGAGGUCCUGGUGUUUGAUUUUGGCAGCGAAGUGUAUGUGUGGCAUGGUAAAGAGGUGACGUUGGCUCAGAGAAAAGUGGCAUUCCAGCUUGCAAAACACUUGUGGAAUGGUGUUUUUGACUAUGAAAACUGUGAUAUUAAUCCUUUGGAUCCAGGGGAAUGCAAUACUCUGAUACCAAGGAAAGGAUGUGGGCGUCCGGAUUGGGCCAUAUUUGGUCGGUUAACGGAACAUAAUGAAACCAUUCUGUUUAAGGAAAAGUUUUUGGACUGGACGGAAAUGAAGAGGCCAAAUGAGAAGAUAUUGUGUGAGGAACUCCCCAAACAAAAGGAAGAAAUGCAGGAAGAUGUCAAGUCAUAUGAUAUCAUGAAGAUGGUUCCGGUUCCCAAGACUGCUGUAGGCACAGUCCUUGAUGGGUUUAAUAUUGGUCGUGGUUAUGGGUUAAUUGAAGGAGAAGAUUGCAGGCAGUAUGAGAUAACUACCAUCUCUGUUGAUGUUUGGCAUAUUUUGGAAUUCGACUACAGUAGACUUCCAAAGCAGAGUAUUGGGCAGUUUCAUGAGGGUGAUGCGUAUGUCGUCAAAUGGAAGUAUAUGGUCAGUGCUACUGUUGGACAGCGUCAAAAAGUGGAGCAUGUGAGAGUAGCUGGGAAGGAGAAGUGUGCAUACUUUUUCUGGCAGGGAAGACAUUCUACUAUAAGUGAAAAAGGAACUUCGGCCCUAAUGACAGUAGAGCUUGAUGAAGAAAGAGGAGCACAGGUCCAAGUGAUUCAAGGGAAGGAGCCACCGUGUUUCUUGCAGUGUUUUCAGGGUGGAAUGAUUGUGCAUGCAGGAAGGAGAGAAGAGGAAGAGGAAAAUGUACAGAAUGACUGGAGGUUAUACUGUGUUCGGGGGGAAGUUCCUGCGGAAGGUAAUCUGGUAGAGGUAGCGUGCCACUGCAGCAGCCUUCGAUCUAGGACAUCGAUGAUCCUAUUAAAUGUAAAUAAAGCCCUGAUCUAUCUUUGGCACGGCUGCAAAGCACAAAGCCACACAAAGGAAGUAGCAAGGACCACAGCCAACAAAAUCAAAGAGGAAUGUCCUUUAGAAGCAGGAUUGCACAGCAGCAGUAAAGUAAAUAUACAUGAAUGUGAAGAGGGGUCAGAACCACUAGGAUUCUGGGAAGCACUUGGGAGACGAGACCGUAAAGCCUAUGAUUGCAUGUUGCAAGAUCCUGGCAAAUUUAGUUUUACGCCACGGUUGUUUAAUUUGAGCAGCUCAUCGGGAGAGUUCACAGCUUCAGAAUUCAUGUAUCCUUCCAGAGAUCCGAAUGUGGUGAACUCCAUGCCUUUUCUACAGGAGGAUCUCUAUACAGCGUCACAACCAGCUCUGUUCCUUGUUGACAACCAUCACGAGGUAUACCUUUGGCAAGGUUGGUGGCCUGCAGAAAAUAUAAUUACUGGAUCCGCUCGGAUUCGAUGGGAUGCUGAUAGAAAGAGCGCUAUGGAGACUGUGCUGCAGUAUUGUAAAGGAAAAAAUAGUAAGAAACCUCCCAAGUCCUACUUGAUUCAUGCGGGUCUGGAACCACUCACAUUUACAAACAUGUUUCCAAGCUGGGAGCACAGAGAAGACAUUGCUCAGAUCACAGAAAAAGAUGCUGAUGUCUCUAAUCAAAUAAUCCUUGUAGAAGAUGUUUUAGCUAAGCUAUGCAAAAGGCUUUAUCCCCUGGCAGAACUGCUUGCACGUCCAUUACCGGAGGGAGUCGAUCCUCUAAAGCUUGAAAUCUAUCUGUCUGAUAAAGACUUUGAGAUUGCUUUAGAAAUGACCAGAGACGAGUACAACACAUUGCCAUCCUGGAAACAAGUUAAUGUCAAAAAAGCAAAAGGACUUUUCUAAAUGAAUGGGACCUCCGUUCACAAUUUGCCGGAAUAUCUCUGGAACCUCAGAUAUACAAUUUCAGCAGAAUUCCUAUCUUCAUCCUGAUCACCAACCAAGAAUUGAUUUGCACUUGUUUCUUCCAAAAAUCCAAACAUUUCACAUUGUACUACGGCAUACAGCUGUAAAUUGGUCCUUUAUAUAUCAUGACUGUAGUGCCAGAACAUACAGGGAGUGAAGGACUUUACCUAGACUUGAUGUCACAUGAUAGCGCUGCCUAUUUUGUUCUAUUGUAAAUGUAUACGAGAACCAUCCACUUCUCAGAGGAACGCAAUAAUUCAAAUAUCUACUGUGCACUUAAUAUGCAAAAAAUAUUCCUUGACUGCAAAUGUACUUGCGUGGAAGAGGUUCUCUUUUGUAAAUGUAUGUUUGUUUAAUCAUAUAGAAUUAUUUAUAUAUAAAUAUAAAAACACUGUAUUUAACUAUGCAAUAUAAUCACUCUAAGAUUUGUGUGUUAUUACACAAAUUGUUAUUCCAACGUCUACUAGGUGGUAAGAUACCACCAAGUAGUUUUACUAUAUAUGCAUUUGUGAAAUAUUCUUUGUAUUGGCAUGUCCUAUGUUUUUUUAUUGCUGCAUUGAGGGUGUGGAUGAACAAAUCUGUAAGGGCUACUCAUUAAUGCCAUAGUGCCCUCUAGUGGUGCAGGGAUAAUACAGAGUUAACAUCCUAACUUAACCUUUUUUUUAUGCCUCAUGACGUGCAAAUCUUUUUUUAUGUAUUUUUCUACAGUGCGAGAUGGCCUAUAAGGUCAUAAUACAUUAAAGCACUGCAAGAAAUAUUUCACAACUUCUGUAUAGCGCUUAAAUGUUAGACUGAGGUUCAUAUUACCAUGUAUAGUGCCUUGCUUUUGUGUACAGAUGAAAUACAGGAAAGAUUAGUCUACGUUUUGAAAACUGUUUAUGAAAGCACCUACAAUUUGUACUUUGUUAUAGACUAAUACAUCUGUUUCUAAUACCUGGUGUAUACUUUAAACAUGUAUUUUGUGAUACAUUAUUAGACCCCAAAAUUAAAAUGCUUCAUAAGAAUAA